AUGACUUGCCAGACUAACAGCUUGUUUGUUCUGUCUGUCAUCAUGAUUUACUUUGGACAUUUUGGAAAAUCCUUAAAUCUUAAUCAACUUGAAGAUGAUAUGCAGCAACUGAAAGCUGAUUUUGAGGCAAAUCGUUCCACUGUAGCUGAUGGUGGACCUAUUUUUACACACAAACUGACAAACUGGACAGAGAGAAAUGAAAAAAGGAUCAUCCUGAGCCAGAUUGUUCCCAUGUACUUGGAAAUACUUAAGAAAGCUGACACAUCGAAGGCGCACGUGAGAAACCUAGCUGAGCAGCUGACUACUCUGAGUAGAAGUCUUACUGAUGGAUCAAACAAGAUGCAAGACCUCAUGUACCUGUCAAAACUUCAGAUUAGUGACUUGAAAAUUCAACGCAAAGCUGUGAAUGAGAUGUACAGUGUCUUUCAAGCACUGCAGGAGAACUCAUCUUCCAAAAAGAAAAGAAGCCAGUCUCUGAAGAAAUGCAGAUGCAUUUGA